GCCGUGCCGCUGAAGCCUCUCACUACACCGUUCCCAAACAGUCUCUGGUUAUAGUUCAGCAUUCUCUAUGACGCCUGAGGAAGAUGUAGCAAUAGACCAAUUUGUCAGUAUCCUUCCAACAAUGGAAACCAACACCAGAGAGUGACCCCCACUGGCAGGCAAGCCCGCCUACCCCCCUAGUCUCAUUGGCUCUUGCAGCUUCGGGGAGAUUCCAAAAGUCAUUCGGAAGGAAUUCCUAGCCUUCACUGCCAGAUUGACAGACGCCCCCCUUGCUUUAUGCAAUGUAGAGUAUUCCCCUCAGUAGGGAGUAAUGGGUAGACUCAAGUCGAUCCAUCUUGUCUUGGAGUAAGUGAAGAAGUUUCUCACCUUGCUGUAGGGGUGGGACAAGGGGUCCCCCCCCCAUACUUCUACUGGUUACUCCCCUGAUGCCUUUGCCUUACUUUCAUACUAAGCCAGAAGCUCCCACUGUGUACGUGGGGGUACUGCCCCUUUCCGCUCUGUGCUCUUGUACCUAAAGGGACCCUUUAUCCCUCUGCUGUAAGGGGCCCCGCCAUGCUGUUCCCAGCACUCUCUCUGCUCCUCCUGCUGCUCUCGUUGUGCGGAGCUCAGUACGAACGAUAUAGUUUCCGCGGAUUCCCCCGCUCCGAGAUCUGGCCCCUGCAGCCCACCUAUGCCAAGGCUCUGGAACUGUACGAGGGGGAGACGUGGAAGGAAGCCACCCGUACCCUGGAGGCCAGCCUGAGGCUUCACCGACUGCUCCGGGACAGCGAGGCGCACUGCGGGCACAGUUGCUCCGGGGAGGAGGCGGAAAGUCUCCCCAUCCCUGAACUGAAGCAGAAGGGAAAGCACUCGGAGUGGAGCCUGGAGCUGCAGCUGUUCAGCCGGGUCUUAUCCAGAGCUGUGUGCCUGAGGAAGUGUAAGGGCGGCCUGCCGGUCUUCCAGCAGCCCUACCCUGACAGGGAAACCCUGAGUGCCUUCCACCGGAGGGACCCCUACCAGUACCUCCAUUAUACCUAUUUCAAGAUCAAUGAACUGGAGAAAGCAGUAUCUGCCGCCCACACGUUCCUGCAGAAGAAUCCGACCCACGAGAUGACACUGAGGUACAUGAAUUACUACAAAACUCUGCUGGACGUGGAUGAAUAUCUCAUAGACCUGGAGGCGGAGCCCUAUGAGGGGAUGUUUGUUAAGGCCGUGAAGACCUACAACGCGGGAGACUUUAGGCGCAGUACUGAGGAAAUGGAACAAGCACUGCCUCUGUACUACAAGGCUUAUAACAGCUGCCUGACGGCCUGCGAGGGAACCUAUGAAAUGAGAGAGUUCAAAGACUUCUACCCGGCAGUUGCAGAUCACCUGGCGGACGUCCUGCAGUGCAAAGUGGAGUGCGAAUCCAACCUGAUCCCCAAUGUGGGAGGCUACUUGGUUCAGAAGUUUGUGGCUACCAUGUACCAUUACCUGCAGUUUGCCUAUUACAAGUUGAAUGAUGUUAAGAACGCAGUGCAGUGUGUCUCUAGCUACAUGCUGUUCGAUCCCGAUGAUACCGUCAUGCAGCAGAACCUGGCCUAUUACAGGUUCUAUAAGGAAAAAUGGGAUCUGGAGGAUACAGAUUUCAAUCCCAGAGAGGAAGCUCUGCGGUACCACAGCCAGACCACUAGGCACAAAGAGCUGCUGCAGUUUGCCAAGGAUUUCCUCUCUCAAGAUGAUGAUGAGAUGGAAAUAGGAGCAGAGCUGGAAAAUGAACCAACUCCCUCGGACCAAGAGUUUGAAGGGGAAGGGGACUAUGAAGAAGGGAUCUAUGCUGAUUGGUUAACAGAGCCAAAAUCUAAAGGGGACAUUGCGGAGAAAGGAUAUUGAACUGUGUAACUCAGCGGCUCGGCGGCCACAAGGAACAAGUGAGCGGAAGGCUGCUGCCUAGGACUCGAUAGCCUAGGACUCGAUAGGCCAGCUCACAAUAUGGACUAUUAUUCAGGUUACAGGGACAGAAAAGAAGCCACUGGGCGCAGAGCAACUGAUUGUUGGGCUUCAUCUUUAGCCAAGUCUGGACCGGUCUGUACAUUAUUAUUAUUGGUCUCCUGCCCAAGUAGAAACCUUUGUAACAAACUUUCCCAUUGGAUGAAUUAGAUAUAAUUCCA